GAUGCAUGUGUGAAGUGCGAAUAAAAUACAAUAAUUUUUUUUGAUAUAACCGAAAAAAUAGAAAUUCAUGCAAGUGGACUGCAGAUCUUAUAUCACUCAUGCUCAUGCAUAGUACUAAUAUUUUAGUAUAUCUUAUACUUGAAAAUCCUUCCAAGCUCACCGACUUCCACCUGUCCGGCAAUCACCAUAUCUAUAAAUUCAUAUUCCAUAGUUUCAGAUUCAUAGAAGAAAAGUAACUUUUUUUAUUAAGCAAAAGGGUUUGAGCUAUGGAGUUAUCUUCAUAUCAGGAAAAUGGGUUCAAGAAAGAACAGCACAAGAAGCAAAAGGGUGGCCUUAUCACUAUGCCUUUCAUCAUAGCAAAUGAGGCAUUUGAGAAAGUUGCAAGUUAUGGGCUUAUGUCAAACAUGAUACUGUAUCUGAUUAAGGAUUAUAGGAUGGGAUUAACACAAGGACAGAACAUACUCUUUCUCUGGAAUGCUGCUAAUAAUUUCUUGCCUAUUGUUGGGGCUCUUGUUGCGGAUUCUUAUCUCGGACGAUACCUUACCAUUGCUAUUGGUUCUAUCUUCAGUUUCCUGGGGAUAUCUAUUCUAUGGUUGACAGCCAUGAUUCCACAAGCCACGCCUGGUCCCUGUGAUCCACGAACCCAAACCUGUGAAUAUACUUCUACACUGCAGUACUUGGUUUUGCUCUCAUCCUUCGUUCUUAUGUCAAUUGGAGCAGGUGGUGUUAGGCCUUGUUCACUAGCAUUUGGGGCUGAUCAAAUAGAUGACAAGGACAAUCCCAUGAAUAAAAGGAUGCUAGAGCGGUUCUUCGGAUGGUAUUACGCUUCUGCAGCUGUUGCAGUCGUGCUUGCUUUCACCGGCAUUGUCUAUAUUCAAGAUCAUCUGGGGUGGAAAGUGGGUUUUGGAGUUCCAGCCCUUCUCAUGUUCCUUUCAGCUGCUCUUUUCUUGAUUGCAUCUUCUUUAUAUAUCAAACCAAAAGUCAAGACAAACUUGUUUAGUAGCUUCAUGCAAGUGAUUGCAGUUGUUUACAAGAACAGAAGAAUGACACUUCCUUCUCCAGAUUCUACUAUUACAUGGUAUACUCUUAAAGAUUCAGAACGACAUGUGCCCACUGAUAAACUAAGGUUCAUGAAUAAAGCUUGCAUCAUAAAAAAUCCGGAGGACAUAGGCCUGAAUGGUGUUGCUUUGAACCCGUGGAACCUUUGCACCGUAGAUCAAGUUGAAGAGCUAAAAACAUUGAUCAGAGUACUUCCAUUGUGGUCCACAGCAAUCAUGAUGGCAAUUAACAUGAGUCAAGGUUCAUUUGGAUUGCUUCAAGCCAAGUCCAUGGAUAGGCGCCUAAUUGGGAACUUUGAAAUUCCAGCCGGAUCAUUUAGCAUGUUUACAAUCGGUACUAUAGUCAUCUGGAUUCUACUCUAUGAUCGCGUAUUGUUACCUCUGGCAUCAAAGAUUAGAGGAAAACGAGUACAACUUGGUGUAAAAGAAAGAAUGGGAAUGGGUUUAUUUUGUUCAUUCAUGGCUAUGGUUGUCUCAGCCAUCGUGGAACAUAUAAGACGAACCAAAGCAAUCGAACAAGGUUUUAGAGAAAAUCCCAGCGGUGUGGUUAACAUGUCUGCAUAUUGGUUAGUACCCCAACAUGUUUUAAGUGGAUUAGGCGAGGCUUUUAACUCAAUAGCUCAAACAGAAUUUUACUAUUCAGAAUUCCCUAAGAGCAUGUCCAGCAUUGCAUCAGCCAUGUUCGGGCUAGGGAUGGCAUUUGCAAACUUGUUAGCUAGUGCUAUACUGAGUACCGUAGACAAUGUUUCAAGUAAAGGAGGAAAAGAGAGCUGGACUUCAAGUAAUAUCAACAAGGGACAUUUUGAGAGUUACUACUGGCUUCUUGCAAUCAUGAGUUCAGUAAACCUCUUCUACUAUCUUGUUUGCAGUUGGGCUUAUGGUCCUUGUGUCGAACAAAGGAAUGGCUUUAGACUCGACGAUAAGAAAGGUUCUGCUUCUUCAGAAGAAGAGUUGUUACAAGUGAAGUAACCUUCAGGAAAGGACAAUGAAUUAGAAAACAUUGAGGAUUCAUCUGAAUUUACAGCAGCAUUGUCUGAUCAGCUGAAUCUGUGUAAUAGUGUGACUCAUGACGGAUAUGGGGAAGAAUAUUCUGAUACAGAGAGUAUGACAGCAAGAAUGGUUCAGUUAGAACUUGGUACAAUUCUGUUUACUAUACUAGGGGAUUAAAAUGUUUUAUAUAUUUAUGGACAAGUAGUGAACAAGAGGGAAUGUUUUAUGUCUGUUUAUUCUUAUACCACCCCUGUAAUACAGUUAAAUACCAUAUUAUUUACAAAUAUACAGCAUUGCAAGUA